AACCUCCAAGGACAUCUCCACAGCAAGACCCCAUGGCAACGGUGGUAUCCACACCAGAAACGCAGACAACGAUGUCAACGAAAGAGACCAAAGCAUCGCAAGAUCCCUCAGACAUGGUCGAGUUUCCACAAACUAUCCUGUUCGUCUGGAUCGCAGCCAUCGCUCUGUUUUUCAAUCGGUGGGGAAAAAUCAGGAUGCUUCUGCCCUACCAACCUGAUUACAAACAGGAACAGUUGAAGGUACCAGGGACCGCCGCGUGUGCCGCUGCAGUCGCCCAAGGGGGCCCCUGCACUCAUGGCUCCAGGGACCACAUCUGCCAGCAGGUAUUUUAUACGGAAAACAAUUAG